UUUUAUUGUGGAAUGUAAUUAGCUAAACGUUACAAGUUUUUCGCAUGCUAGUGUUUCAGUCGGGAACUGUAAGGUGUAAUUUCGCGUAUGGUAUAAAUAGAUCAAUGUCACCAUACUUCAUUUAAAUUAUAAACUGGAACACAUAAAGACUGUAGCUAAGGUAGGAUCGAGGUACAUAGCUCGGGACACUAAACCAAGUGUAGGUCUAGAACCAGGAACACUUGAGGGAUUCAGUGGACCAGUGCGGACAGUGAUCAGUUAUAGUUAAACCAAAUACUGUGGACACUACGGAACGUAAACAUAAGAUUAAGUGAAAGUUUGUAAUUUCCUAUAUUUGUGUGGGAGAGGCCGAGCUGAAGUGCAAAGACAAAGCAGAGCGGAGGAACAAUGGACCACCUGUUCCGGCAGCGGCGGAUUAGUGUGCCCAAGAGGACAAGUGAGCUAGUGGCUCUGAUAGCAGUAUCAUGCACGUUGUUCCUGUUCCUCCACACACGAGACCUGAGCACCAAGCUACGGCGGAUGGAAGGUCGGCUCAAUGAUGACGUCACCGCCUUCAACCAUCUUACAGACAGAGUCCCGACGGAUCGGUCGGAGCAUGCGUUUGCGUCGGCGCAGGAGUACAAAGAGGCACUCGAGGCUAUACGGAGGCAUACUGGCGCCGAGCGCAGCAAACCUCAGCGCACAUUGGAAGCUGAACCAGAGGAGUCCCAACAGGAGGUGGAACAAGAAUACCUGGAUGAGCUCCUGGUACCUGAACCCUGGGAGCUGAACAACACUGCUCGAGCUGGCACUGAGAUCCUGUUCUUCAACAGAGUGCCUAAGGUCGGCAGUCAGACGUUUAUGGAACUGUUACAUCGGCUGGCGUAUAAAAAUCAGUUUGGUUUCCAUCGGGAUGCUGUCCAGCGUGUGGAGACCAUUCGCUUGGCGCCCGCUGAUCAGAUGGCACUGGCGAGCCUCGUGUCUGCGUACGACCCGCCUGCCUCAUACAUCAAACACGUCUGCUACACUAAUUUUACCAGGUUGGGCUAUCCGAAUCCAAUAUACGUGAAUGUGGUGCGCGAUCCCGUGGAGAGAGUGAUCUCUUGGUAUUACUACGUGAGGGCGCCCUGGUACUACGUGGAGAGGAAGAGGGCCUUCCCUGAUCUGCCUCUACCAGACCCAGCCUGGUUGAAAAAGGACUUUGAAACGUGUGUGCUGAGUGGAGACCGGGAGUGCCGCUACAUAGAGGGCCAGACGCACGAGGGUAUCGGAGACCACCGCCGGCAGACGCUGUUCUUCUGCGGACAUGACCCACAGUGCAUGCCAUUCAACAGUGUGGAGGCUCUGCAGCGAGCUAAGAGGGUGGUGGAGGAGCAAUACGCGGUAGUCGGUGUUCUGGAAGACAUGAACUCCACUCUGUUGGCCUUCGAACGAUACGUGCCCAGGUUCUUCCAUGGAGCUCUUAAAUUAUACUGGGAGGAAAUGAACACAUUCACCCGAAUCAACCGCAACUCCUUCAAGCCGCCAGUCUCCGAGGAAGUAAAGCAAAUAGUCCGAGCAAACUUUACUAGGGAGAUAGAAUUCUAUGAGUUUUGCAAGCAGAGGUUGCACAUGCAGCUGAGGGCACUCCGAGACCCAACCAUCACCCUCCCAACUCCCCGGAGGACGAGGAGGCGGAGAGCCCGUCAUAUGAACAGAGUGUAACCUUAGCAACUUGAUGGGUAUCCCAUCGCUUCUAGACUGUGUUAGGUUAGAAGUCGUGUAACCGCCUCAAAGAUAGCGUGACGUAUCUAAAACAAACUUUGUAACACGAAAUCUUAAUUCGUGUUUGCUUUUAGUUAACUAACUCUCGAGCUAGGCCAAUCACGCGACGUUAAGCGCCUGAGGAUUUUCUUAAGGCAAUUUUGUAUUUACGUGUCUUUUGUUAAUUUUAAGUUUUCCAGUGUUUUGUUUAUUUGAAACUAUGCCAGUGCAAUCAACACUUUCCUUAUUUCUACUUGUGUAGUCUAGUUUUUUAUGUUAUUUAUGUAAAUGUCAACACAUUUGUAUAAAGAUUUUAUAUAUAGUUUGCCAGUAAAUUAAUCUUACUCUAAAAUUGAACUUGAUUAAAUUAUUUUUAUUUGCGUGAUUUUGUUGUUUAUUGUUAAGUCGUGAUCGCCGCCAUCUUGGCUAUUGGCGCGAAAUUGUGACUAUUUAUUGUAAUUAUUUAAGUGAUGUCCAUAUUUUUUAUUUUAAGCUAGGCAUGAACCAUUAUAAGUACAGCUUCCUUUUUAUAUGAUUUUGUAUAGUCUAGGGGAUAAUUAUUAGCUUUAUUAUUAACGCUAGUUACUAAUAAGUCGCACUAUUAUUUAAAAUAUACUUCAGAGAGCAGUACUAGACAGAAAAGCGUUUUAAGUUACUUUAAAUCUGUCUACUUUAUGAUCUGUAUCUAAACUACGUAAAAUUAUUUAUUACGAGAUCAAAUAAAUAUUAUUGUGAUAUAAAAUUUCGCUUAUUGGUAAGAUAUUGUAAUUAAACUACUUACAUAGUUUGAAAA